AUGUCGACGUUCGCUCGGGUUCCCGCCAGCACACCGCCCCUCGCGCGGGUCUUGCGUCACUCGAGGGUCCGCGCGCCCGUCGGAUCCUCGCGAGGAGCGCUCGUCGUCAGAGCGGGCCCCUUUCGCAACCCCUUCGAUCGCGACGACAAAUCCAAACCCGAUAAGGCCGAGGCUGGCGUGACCGGUUUCCAGGCGCUGGCGGACCGCGUGAGAAAGGGCAGGGAUAAGGCGGCGAAAGAUGGGUUUCAGUCCGUGCUCGCGGACGUUCGCGACGGCAUCAGCGACCGGAACUACGGCAACGGCGGGUCUUGGCCGGAAGCUGCAGAGGCUAGACGGACGAAGCGUUGUCCCCUGUGCGGAGCCUCCACCGCGGAGGCCCUUCGAGCGGCUGAGGAGAAGGGAAUCGUCGCGAACCCGAGCGCCGAUCCGGUGGAGAAGGCGCUGCUCGGUCAACACCCGCUCGGAUGGUGCGCGUCGUGCGCGGAGUCGAACAGGCUGCUGGACACGACCUCCGGGUUCUAG